UGUAAUUUAUUCAUUGCAGGGACUUAAGUUAUUAGACAUUCUUCUCCGCCCCUCGAGUUUUCCCACCAAAUCCACCCAUGAAAGGCUCCAACUUUCUCCAUUUCUUUGUUGCCCUUCUCCUCCUCCCGUUCUUCUCACCUUCCACUCUCGCCGCCGACACAUUGGCCGUCAACCAAUCCAUCGCCGACAAUCAGAGCCAGACCCUCGUCUCCGCCGGCGGCAGCUUCGAACUCGGUUUCUUCACCCCUACCUCACCAUCAUCAACGAACCUUCGCUACCUCGGAAUCUGGUACAACUUCUCCAAGCAAUCCGUCGUCUGGGUCGCCAAUCGAGAUUCCCCUCUCACCGAUUCCUCCGGCGUCCUCCAACUCGCCGCCGACGGCACCCUCCGUCUCCUCAACUCCUCAACCGCAGUCGUUUGGUCUACCAAUAGCACAAAACCAGCCAGCCCGAUUCGAAAUCCGCUCGCCCAGCUUCUCGACACCGGAAAUCUUGUCGUCGGAGAAUCCGAUGACUACCUCUGGCAGAGCUUCGACUACUUGAGCGACACGAUUCUCCCGGGCCUCGAAUUCGGUCACAACCGAGAAACGGGCCGGGACCGUUACCUCACCUCCUGGAAAUCCCCCGACGACCCGUCCCCCGGCGACUGCACGACCCGGCUCGAACCCGACGGGUACCCGCAAAUCUUCAUCCGGAAAGCCCAGACCAUCGUGUUCCGGUCCGGCCCAUGGAACGGGCUCCGGUUCAGCGGGAUGCCCAACUUGAGGCCCAACCCAAUCUACACCUACGAGUUCGUCUACAACUCCGAGCAAAUCUUCUACCGCUUCGAUCUCGCCGACAAAUCGGUGAUUUCCCGCAUGGUGCUGGACAACGAAGGGAUUCUGCAGCGAUUCACUUGGACCGCCAGCAGCCGGACAUGGAACCUCUAUCUGACGGCCCAGAUGGACAAUUGCGACCGGUACGGUCUCUGCGGCCCGUACGGGAGCUGCAACAUCAACAAUUCGCCGCCGUGCGGUUGCCUAAUCGGGUUCGAGCCGAGGUCGCGGCGGGAUUGGGAUUCAGGGGACUGGGCCGGCGGGUGCGUACGGCGGAAUGAUUCGGUUUGUGGUGCCGGCGAAGGGUUUCAGAGGAUUGUGAGUGUGAAGCUGCCUGAUACGAACACGUCGUCGUACAAUUCGAGUAUGGAUUUGGGGGAAUGCGAGGCGACUUGCUUGAGGGAUUGCUCGUGUACGGCUUACUCUGCUCUGAAUGUCAGUGAUGGAAGUGGGUGCUUGCUUUGGUUCGGUGAUCUUGUUGAUGUUAGGCACUAUACGGAGGAUGGUCAGGAUUUCUUCAUCCGGCUUGCAGCUUCUGAUUUGGUGUCAGGUGGCGGCUCGAAAAGGAAGACCAGAUUAUGGAUCAUAGCUGUGUGUCUGCUGGCGGUGGGGAUUGCGGUUCUAGGCCUCUUCUUGAUCUUCCGUUUCAGAAGGAAAAGGCUUCAGAGACAAGCAAGCAUCAUUAUGACACAAGAAAGAGACCAUACAGGGGAUGUAUCUCGAGAGCACGAUCUCGAGCUGCCCUUGUUUGAUUUCUCGACGAUAGCUUCUGCCACUGACCUUUUCUCUGAAAGCAGAAAGCUUGGAGAAGGUGGAUUUGGACCAGUGUACAAGGGUAUUUUUAAAGAUGGGCAAGAGGUCGCAGUGAAGAGGCUAUCGAAGGAUUCGACACAAGGACUUGACGAGUUCAAGAACGAAGUCAAAACCAUUGCCAAACUCCAACACAGAAACCUCGUGAGGCUCUUGGGCUGUUGCAUUGAGAAAGAAGAGAAGGUUUUGGUCUAUGAAUACAUGCCCAACAAAGGCUUGGAUGCCUUCAUUUUUGAUCAAAAGCAGAGGAAGCUACUGGAUUGGCCGAUGCUAUUCCAAAUCAUAAAUGGUAUUGCUCGGGGUUUGCUGUAUCUGCAUCAAGAUUCCAGGCUGAGAAUCAUUCACAGAGACCUUAAGGCGAGCAAUGUACUGUUGGAUUACAACAUGAACCCCAAAAUCUCAGAUUUUGGCAUGGCCAGGAUUUUCGGUGCUAAUGAAACCCAAAGCAGCACGAAGAGGGUGGUCGGAACAUAUGGAUACAUGUCUCCAGAGUACGCCAUCGAUGGACAGUUCUCGAUUAAAUCAGACGUGUUCAGCUACGGAGUCCUGGUACUGGAGAUCAUAUGUGGGAAGAGAAACAGAGGGUUUUAUCACGAGGAUCACAACCACAACCUUCUAGGCCACGCGUGGAGGCUGUACAAAGAAGGGCAGCCUGAAGAACUGAUGGAUGAAACAGUAAAGGAUUCGUGGGUGCUAUCAGAAGUAGUGAGGUGUAUCCAUGUCGCUUUGCUGUGUGUUCAGCAAGGUCCGGAAGACAGGCCUAACAUGUCGAAUGUGGUUUUGAUGUUGAGCAGCGAUAUUGUGCUGCCUGAACCAACAGAGCCUGGGUUUUUCACAGAAAGGAAAGUUUUUGAGCAAGAAUCUUCUACCAAUGAGAUCACCAUUACAUUGUUGACUGCUCGAUAGGAAGCCCCUCAUUCUUUCUUGAGAUUUUACUAUGCUCCCACGAUUCUGUUGGUGUUCGCGCUACUUUCGUCCCCUGCAAAGCUCCUGGCCAUGCCAAAGUCUGAUAUUUUGCGGUUCAUCUCGUGAUCGAGCUACAGCGUUGCUAGCUUUCAGAUGUCUGUGUAUGAUUCUCGGCCUCAGAAUUCUGAUGAAGGUAGAGAAGCACCCUGGCAAUCCCGUUGAUGAUGUGGAGUCGCUUAGUUCAGUCCAGUAACGCGCUUUGCCCUCUAUCUGCCGGACAAAGUCGUCGAAAUCAACCAAGUCAAUCACAUUACGUGAAAGCCAAGUCAAUGUAAUAUCAAAUUGCUAAUUGACCGGUUGACUUUUAUCAGGAAAUACAAUUUGGCCUCAUUUGUUGACACAGACAAUAAAGGAGCGAUUUUGCUUCUGUUUAUAUGUAGAAGACAAUAUUUUGUUUGUACACCUUUUCUUGUUUCCGUUUCAUUACAACUCUCAACUCAAACAAAAAAAACCUAAAACCAUUCCCCUAAAAAUGGUUUUGAGAACGAUAUCAUCGUUAGUUUUCAAAUAGCACAUUCCAUGACGGACUUCCCUUCUUGCACAGAACACUUCCAUCUUCCACUAACAUGUCUAAAACAGUCGAAAUGAAUACAUUUUAUGAGU